GUUAGGUGUAAGAUCCAAGUAGGGUUAGGUUAGGAGUCACGGGGAAAAAUGAACAAAAAAUUGUAAAAAUCUAUAGAUUUAUUUUCAAUCUGAUGAGAUUCCACCCCACUCGCUACCCUAACUCUUGCAUUUUGUCCUUCUACAUUCAGAAUGAUUAGAUCGUCAGAAUAAUUUCUGACUAUGGCGAUUUGGCAACUCACAAUGGCGAUAAUCAAGCCACACAUCAUUAAAAACCCAGUUUCCUGCACCAAAAUCAAAGAACUGAUACUGUCUUCAAACUUCAAAAUUGUCUUGUACAAAAGAAAAACAAUUAGCAUUUGUGAAGCAGAAGACUUUUAUUAUGAACAUCAACAUAAGUUUUUCUAUAAUAGACUUCUAACUUUUAUCACUAGUGGACCAAGUGACAUUCUAGUUUUAACCAAAGAAAAUGCAAUAGCAGAUUGGAGAAGAUUAAUGGGGCCCACAAAAGUUUUCAAAGCUCAAUUUGAGGCUGCUAACACUAUAAGGGGGCAAUAUGGCUUAUCAGACACUAGAAAUGCCACUCAUGGAUCUGAUUCUGAGCAAUCUGCUGAAAGAGAAAUAAAAAUAUUCUUUCCAGAGUUCAAUAUGGAUAAGUGGUUUGGAGAAAAAGAACCACUUUUCAGAUCUGAUAAAGUUAUAUUCCUAGAGGAUCAGUUCAAACAUGAAGUUGUUCUAAGGUGACAGUAAAAUUC